AUGAACGGAUUGAAGAUGCUCGGCGAUUUGGACCCCCGUAAAGUCAACAGAGGCAUGGCCCACGACGCCAGGACCGGCGAGGAAACCGAGAUCGUGUACACGAAUUGCAAAGUUGUCGGCAACGGCUCCUUUGGCGUUGUUUUCCAGGCCGAGCUGGUCCCCAGUGGCGAGCAGGUCGCCAUUAAGAAGGUCCUGCAGGACAAGCGCUUCAAGAACCGCGAGCUCGCUGUCAUGAGGAGCGUCUUCCACCGCAACGUCGUUGGGCUGAGGUACUUUUUCUACUCGCAGGGCGACAAGGACGACAUCUAUCUGAAUCUUGUGCUCGAGUACGUGCCCGAAACAAUCUACCGCGUGACGCGGCAAUACGCCAAGGCGAAGCAGUUUGUGCCGAUGCUGUACGUGAAGCUGUUCAUGUACCAGCUGUUCCGGUCGCUCAACUACAUCCACUCCCUGGGCAUCUGCCACCGCGACAUCAAACCGCAGAACCUGCUUGUCAACUCGACGACGGGCGUGCUGAAGCUGUGCGAUUUCGGCAGCGCAAAGACGCUGAUUGCCGGCGAGCCGAACGUGUCGUACAUUUGCUCGCGCUACUACCGCGCGCCCGAGCUCAUCUUUGGCGCGACAAAUUACACAGGGCGGAUCGACAUCUGGUCUGCAGGGUGUGUGAUGGCAGAGCUGAUGCUCGGCCAGCCGCUGUUCCCGGGCGAGUCGGGCAUUGACCAGCUGGUGGAGAUCAUCAAGGUGCUGGGCACGCCGACCAAGGAGCAGAUCCGCACAAUGAACCCGAACUACAUGGACCACCGCUUCCCGCAGAUCAAGCCGCAUCCGUUCUCGCGCAUCUUCCGCAACCGCGCGUCGCCCGAGGCGAUCGAUCUGAUCACAAAGCUGCUCGACUACACGCCGACAAAGCGCCUGAGCUCGAUCCAGGCCAUGACCCACCCGUUCUUUGACGAGCUGCGCGACCCGAACACCAGGCUGCACAACGGCCAGCCGCUGCCAGAGCUGUUUGACUUUACGGCGGACGAGCUGUCGGUGGACCCGGGCCUGAUCCCACAGCUGGUACCGGCCCACCGGGUCGCCGACAUCGAGGCCAGCGGCAUCGAUCUGCACAACUUUGUCCCCAAGCCCAUGCCCAACCCGCUCCCCCUUGCGCUCCAGUAA